AUGGACCCUCGAGGCAGCGUCGACAGUUUGGGCUUUGACAUGUCCCAAUUUGUAUCCCACCAGCCAACCCAGAUCUUCGGCUCCUACAACCCGGACGGCACUCCUAUACCUCCAAGCAUUCCUUCAGGGAACUACUUCAGUGAUUUCAACGAUGGUCUUGGUGACGAUAAUGAUCCCAAGCGCCGGCGCAUUGCAAGGGCUUGCGAUAUGUGCAGGAAAAAGAAAAUCAAAUGUGACGGAAAGAUGCCGAAAUGUGGUCACUGCAUAAACUACAAGACGGAAUGUAUCUUCACACAGGUGGAGAAGAAAAGAAAUCCACCCAAAGGUGCCAAAUACAUCGAGGGCCUGGAAAACCGCCUCGGGCGCAUGGAGUCUCUUUUGCGCAUGUCCGGUCUCUUGACCGAAGACGAGACUGGCAAAACCGAUCUGGGCACCCUCGAGAAGCGCCUGGCCGAGAAGGCUUCUUCCAAAGAAAGCACAGCACAAAGAUCAGAUUCGCCGGCUCCGCCCAAGAGUGGCCCAGCUUCUUCGGCACCGGAAAGCUCUCCACGGCCAGGGUCCCAAAGAGACUCUCAUGAUACUCCCGGCGAGUCGUUUACCACUCCGAGCGCCGAUGGUGACAAAACAGGUCGAGAAGAAGUCGAGAAUCUCUCCGAGGCCAUGUGCUCACUUGUAACCAACAACGUAGGCGAGACUAGAUACAUCGGGUCGUCGUCCGCAUUCUCCAUUUUUUCAAGUAAGGGCAUUGAAUGGGUCAACGAGAAAACCGGGGAUACGUCGUUUCAGGAAACCAUCCAGAACGCCGUUAAUGAAGAUGAAAACAAAUGGCAGUAUUGGAAGCCCGAGAUAUUUGGCGACAUCUUUGUCCGCCGAGUCUUUAAGCCCCUACCGCCCAAAGAAGAAGCUCUGUCAUUGUUCAAAGACUUUUUCGAGAAUUUCAACUGCAUGUUCCCUCUAUUUCACGAACCCACCUUUAUGCAUCUGGUGGAAAAGCAAUAUUCCAGGGAUCCUUACGAGGGUAGUGGGUGGUGGGCCAGUAUCAAUGUCGCAUUGGCCAUUGCUUAUCGCAUCAGAGUGAUGAGCAAUGUGGUACCGCAAGAAGAUGACCACAAGGCGUGGUUGUAUCUGAAGAACGCGAUGGGGGUCAUCACCGAACUUACGAUGCGAAAUACAGAUCUUCUAAGUGUCCAGGCGUUGUUGGGCAUGGCUUUGUUCCUGCAAGGCACGCCAAACCCUCAGCCUUCAUUUUUCCUCAUCGCGGCCGCAAUCCGAUGUUCCCACACAAUCGGUCUGCACAAACGAGGCUCGGCUUUCAACCUGAACCCCAUCGAGGUGGAGCAACGAAAACGUGUGUUUUGGAUCGCAUAUCUUCUCGACAAGGACGCGUGUCUUCGGGCCGGCAGACCACCUGCGCAAGACGACGACGACAUGAACGUCGAGCUUCCUUCAGAAGAUCCUCCGGACAAUAUCGGCAAUGUGCCGUUGGCAGAUGGAAAGAGCAAGAUCAACCUGUUCCGACUGAUGUGCGAAUUCGCCAUUAUUUCCAGCAAAGUGUAUCGUCAGCUUUACUCUGUCCGGGCCUCGAAGCAGAGUGACGGCGAACUGCUCAAUACCAUCGGAGAACUUGACAAAGAACUGGAGGCUUGGAAAGACAGCAUUCCAAUUGAUUUCAGGCCAGAACACGAAAUCAAGACGGCGCACACUCCCCUUGUCCUGCAUAUCGUCGUCCUCCAUUUCUCCUACUAUAACUGCUUAACCACCAUCCAUCGCAUGUCAGUCCACCAUGGCUAUUGGACUAGCCGAUUGUCCGAAUAUGCCAUCCAAGGGCUCAACGCUCGACCUCUCAACCCUCGAGUAUUUUCUUCCGCAGCUCUGUGUGUUUCAGCCGCUCGAGCCUCUAUCCACCUGAUCAAAUAUAUUCCACAGGGCGACUUUGCCUGCGUCUGGCUGAUUCUGUAUUUCCCUGUCUCCGCCCUGGUCACGCUUUUCGCGAACAUCCUACAGAAUCCUCAAGACACCCGCGCCAGAGCCGACAUCAAGCUGAUGGAUCUCGUUGUCAAUUUCCUAUCCAACAUCUCGCGUGACGAAGGCUCAGGCUCCCUCACUCGUAUGCUCACCGUCUGCUCCGAGUUUGCCCGUAUCGCAAGGGUCGUCAUCGACAAGGCUGAGAAGGAGGGGUCCAAGCGGAAGCGCAGGCUUGUACCCGAGGAAGUCAUACGGGUCAAUCAGUCGGCCAUGGCCCAGGCUCAAGCUCAGAUCAAUGGCCGGCCAUCAGGUUCACGAAGAUCAAGCGGCGCAGGAAGCUCUCCUCGAGGCGCUGCGACAGUGCCGUCCACGACCGGCAUCCCAACCACAUCAGCGAAUCAAGCCAGUCCUUUAAACACGAAUACAACAUUUUUCAACAUGCACAAUCUUGACAGCGAGUACGCCGACAUGCUCAACCAACCUGGAAUGAGUCCCGAUAUGGGUCACCAACACCCACCGAGCUCGACCAUGUCUCCCCUCAAUGCCGGUGCUUUUCAACAACCAUUUGUCCCGCAAGACCUGUGGCAGAUGCCCAUGACCUUCGAAUGGGACUGGGUCGACUUUGGACAGUCGUCCGCUAACGAUUUUAUUCUGAGUGAUGGUCUGAACGAUGGAACAAUGCCUCAUCAAUGA